GUCUUUAACCGCCUGGACACGGCUACGACGCAGUCGUUCACCAAGAUCCAGACCAAUUUGAAGACACUCCUGGACCAGUACUUCCUCAGCAAAAUCACGACCAUUGGAAAUGGCGUGACUUGUGGUUUCAUGGGAGAAUCCUACAAAGGUGUCAUUGAUGGCAUGUGCUAUGGCGGCGUCUGGGGCGUGCAGGCUGUUUCAAGCUCCUACGCGGCUUGUGCUGUGGUCACCUUGUUGCUCGUGAUCAUCAUGUACAUUCUCUGGCGGCUAUCGCUGGACAACGUCGCUGCGGACCAGAAGUUGCACGGAGCUGAUGCAGUUGUUCCCAUUAUCCCCACCUGA